GAAGGAAGAGGAGGAAAAGGAGGAGGAGAAAGAGCAAGAGGAGGAGGAGGAGGCGAGGCGCUCAUUUGGCCCCUCUCCUCCCAGUCCAGGCUGCCUGCUUUCCCCAACCUGCCCUUCCUUCCUUCCUUCCUUCCUUCCUUCCUUCCUUCCUUCCUUCCUUCCUUCCACCUGCUCCUGGAGUGUCAGCGGGGCAGAGGCUCUUUCAGUCUGGGGCUCUUUGGGGAGGGAGGCAGGAUCUUGGCACCUCCUCCUUCCCUCCUUGGUCCUCUCUUCCCCUGACUCUCCGGGCAUCUUCCUCCUCCUCCUGGUGCUGCUGCUGCUGCAGAUCAGGCGGAGGGGAGGCCGAGGGUCCGGAGGGAGGGGGCCAGGAUGCUGGGUCCCCGUCGCGACCGGCUGCUGCUGCUGCUGCUCCUGGGAGCGCUGCUCUGCGCGGACCUCUACUUCCACCUCUGGCCCCAAGUGCGGCGGCGUCUGGGCCCCCGAGGAGAGUCCCGGGCCCCCUGCCCCUGCCCCCAGGACCCCCAGGGGCCAGGAGAAGGAGCAGCGCCCCCCUCCAGCCCCAUAGGGCCUCCGCUGCCGGAGGGGAGAGGCAGCAGCAGCAGCAGCAGCAGCAGCGUGCCUCCUCCUCCUCCUCCUCCUUCGCCCCGGGGCUCCAAGCUGAAGCGCCUCUUCGCGCACCCGCUCUAUGGCGCCCCCGAGGGGCCGGACGAGGAAGUGCUGCUGCUCAGCGGGCAAGAGGCGCUGCGCUACUACCGCCGGAAAGUGGCCCGAUGGAACAGGAGACACAAAUUUUACCGAGAGGAGCACAACCUGACCUUGGACUCCAUGAUGCAACUCAGGCAGGAAGCAAGCUGGCUCCAGUUCCAUCUGGGCAUUAAUCGCCAUGCCCUGUAUCCAAGGGCCAGUCCAGCUGUUGAUCAACUCCUGCAGGACAUACAAGUUUUGAACACCAUCAGUGCUGAUUACAGCCAGGAUGAGAAAGCAUUGUUAGGUGUCUGUGACUGCACACAAAUUGUCAAGCCCAGUGGAGUGCAUCUGAAGCUUGUUCUUCGAUUCCAGGACUUUGGGAAAGCCAUGUUCAAACCUAUGAGACAGAAACGUGAUGAGGAGACACCAGAAGAUUUCUUCUAUUUUGUCGACUUUCAGAGACACAAUGCAGAAAUAGCUGCCUUCCACCUUGACAGAAUCCUGGAUUUUCGUCGUGUCCCUCCAGUAGUAGGAAGAAUGAUCAACAUUACCAAGGAAAUCUUAGAGAUCACCAAGAAUGAAAUCCUCCAGAGUGUUUUUUUUAUUUCACCAGCCAGCAAUGUCUGUUUCUUUGCCAAGUGCCCUUACAUGUGCAAGACUGAAUAUGCUGUAUGUGGGAACCCUCACCUGCUGGAAGGAUCCCUUUCUGUUUUCCUGCCUUCCCUCAACUUGGCACCCAGACUCUCCAUCCCCAACCCAUGGAUACGAUCCUACACCUUUGCUGGAAAAGAGGAGUGGGAAAUGAAUCCACUUUAUUGCAAUACAGUGAAGGAGAUUUAUCCUUAUAGCAGUGGCACCCGGCUACUCAAUAUCAUUGACAUGGCAAUCUUUGACUUCUUAAUAGGUAAUAUGGACCGUCAUCAUUAUGAGAUGUUCACCAAGUUUGGAGACGAUGGCUUUUUGCUCCACUUGGACAACGCAAGAGGUUUUGGGAAACACUCCCAUGAUGAGAUCUCCAUCCUGGCUCCCCUUGAACAAUGUUGCAUAAUAAAGAAGACAACAUUAUUACGGCUGCAGCUCUUAGCUCAGCCAGACUAUAGGCUCAGUGAUAUCAUGCGGGAGUCCCUGCUGCAGGAUCGCCUGACACCGGUACUCACUGAACCCCACCUUUUGGCACUGGACAGGAGGUUACAGAUCAUCUUGAAGACAGUGGAGAACUGUAUAGAGGCCAAUGGAGAAGAUAUCGUUGUGGCUGACACCAAACCUCUAGGGAUGCCCGUCUUUGACAGAAUGACACAGCCAAGCUAGAGUCUGGUGGGAAUUAGAACAUAAACUUUCAGUUGCUGAAGAUGCUCCUUUAUCCUGGACAACUGUGAGAAAUGGGCAGUGAGGGAGAUCUCUAGGUUAGGUGGUAAAAAUGGUAUGAUUUUCUUCCAAUUUCAUCCUAUUUAGAUCCUGGAACCUUGCACUCCCUCAAGUGACCUUUUUGCACCUUCUCGAAAAGAUGUGACGCAACAAAAGCCCUCUAGCUGAAGACCAAGAACUUUUGGUGUUCAGUAUAUUUGGGCCUUUCUUGUAUCAGAGUUGUAUGAUUAGAACUUUACUGCUGGCUUGAAUAAAAUGGGACUACUGAAAGAGAAACAUGGCUAAUGUGCACCUGAGCAUCCACAACAAACCUUAGGACUCUCAGAAAUGCUCAGAGUCAAAGUAGGAAAACUGGCAGCCCAGACAAAACAACAAUGAAGGUGGACUAACAUAGCAGGAGUCUUCUCAGUAAGGGUAUGUGCUGAGAUGGAACAGGGCAACUGAAGUUGUAGGAAAGAAUGGGAAAGAAGGAAGGCUAUUCAAGAAACAUAAUUUAAUAUGUCCUUAGGCUGGUGCACAGAGAGGUUUGUUUCACUUUAUGCCAUGGAUGUGGACUGUGUGUUGCCUCCCGCCCCUUCACCACUGGCUAUGCUGAUGGGGGCAGAUGGGAAUUGCAGACUAAUAUUACCUUGUAGGCUACAUGCUUCCCAUCUAUGUGAUGAUUUGUUAACUGUUUUUCACUGUUUCUGGGGAGCCCCUGGGCAAAUCUAUGAAAGAUGUUACUGAAAUAAGGGUAUUCCAUAGAACAAUCUAGACCUGUGUUGUUAUUACAGCUGCUGUAUGAAGGAGCUAGUACCUGGCAAUUCAGAAUAUAAGAACCAGCAUAUAGUGCCUGCCUAAACUUCAAAUCCCAGGAUUCCACAACAUAUGGCAGCUUAAGUGGAAUCAUAGUGCUUUUAAUUGUGUAUGUGAAAGGACUCCGGCAUUGAAAAUAGAUUUCAUGGAUAGGAACUGACUCUAGCAAUUGUUCUGUCCUCCUAGCAGAGGAUCUAGUUCAGGAGGCUGUAGAGAGCUCUGCUGAGGAAUUUGGAAAGUUUACUCUGACUGGUAUCCCAUACUGAAACUCUCAUCUUCCAAGUUGUUCUAAGGAUAUGCCCCCGUUAUAAAAACAAUUGUUCCACGAAACCUACUUCAUUCUCCCUUACAGGCCUAUCAGGAAUUAAUUACUAUUUAUAGAAAGUGUAUCAGCACAAUCAGCACAUUUUUUUUAAAAAAAAUUAAGUUAUUAUGCACAUCAAUAAACCCAAAUAAAUGUGCAUUCCAUACUCUUGUGAUCAUGUAGAAACACUUGCAUCCACCAGCCUGGAAAUCACCAGAAUGAAGAAAAACACCCACCACCAUACUCAGCUCUUUCAGCGAUUUUGGCCAACACAGGCCUUGUUUCUCUCCAUAUACCCCAGAAAACACCCAGCAAAAUAGUCCAGUUCCACUGUGCAUAUUCUUUUCUUCACUUGUCUGUUUAUUUUUGAUGCAAAAUGCAAUUUUUGCCCUGGCUUUCAGCACUGGAAUGACAUCUCUUAACAUGGAUUAUGAAAACA